UACGAACCGUCGCUUGAUCGAGGCCGCGGGAAAAAAUCCCGACAGACACACGGCAGAGGCAAGCAAGCCGCCACUGAUCUGCAAUGCAAUAACGUAUUUCCCGGCUGUUUCGAUCACCCGGUUGCUCCGAUCACUAGAAUACCCACACAAAAUGCGUUUUUUUGUACGCUCAUACCACAAUGUCUAUAUUAUAUCCUGGCCUUUAAUUUUAAAAUCAUAUUAUAUAUAGGUAUAACUACUUGUAAGAGAAAUAUAAGGUUAAUAUUAUAUAUAUUGCUUUUUAGAUACCUAUUUUUUAAUUUUACAUAA